AUGACUAAAGCCCUGGCUCGCCCUGGCACAGCAGUCGAGGCCCGGCUAUUAACAGCCAUUUUCGGCCCGACUAUUGGAAAUCCAGACAUGAACAAAUGUUACUUUCGGAUUUCCCCAUCCCGCCCUUUCAUUACUAUUCUUUACAAGAUUCUUCGUUGUCAAGCCGCCAAAGUGGAGAGUGUGAUUGCAGAAGGGGGCGCUUCUCGUUUCAGUGCUUCUUCGGGCGGAGGAGGAGGUAGGGGUGCAACUCAGCACUAUCCCAAGACUGUCGGUAACAGCGAGUACCUGGGGAAAACCCCAGGGCCUGGCGUUCAGAGAUGGGUUCCUUCAAGAAGCACUAGACGAGAUGUCAACUCCAAUGAAAAAGAACUUCACGAUGCAAUAUUUAGGAAAGUAAGAGGCAUACUUAAUAAACUGACCCCUGAAAAGUUUGACAAGCUAUGCCUUGAGCUUCUCAAUGUGGGCGUAGACUCUAAACUCGUCCUCAAAGGAGUCAUCUUGCUGAUCGUAGACAAAGCCCUAGAAGAGCCAACAUACAGCUCACUCUAUGCUCAGCUAUGUCUGCGUUUGGCAGAGGAUGCACCAAACUUUGAUGGCCCAUCAACUGAAAUCCAGUCAUCACAAAAGCAGAGCACAACUUUCAGAAGACUUUUAAUCUCCAAGCUUCAAGAUGAAUUUGAGAACCGCACCAAAAAUGUUGACAUUUAUGACAAACAAGACAACCCUCUAUCCUCUGAGGAAGAGGAGCAGCGUGGCAUCGCCAAGAUCAAGAUGCUUGGCAAUAUCAAAUUCAUUGGAGAGCUUGGCAAACUUGACCUCAUCCAUGAGUCCAUCCUUCAUAGGUGCAUCAAAACACUUUUGGAGAAAAAGAAGAGGGUCCAGCUCAAGGACAUGGGAGAGGAUCUGGAGUGUCUCUGUCAGAUAAUGAGGACUGUGGGGCCCAGACUCGACCAUGAAAAAGCCAAGUCUUUAAUGGAUCAGUACUUCGGCCGUAUGCGAUCCUUAAUGAACAACAAGGAUUUGCCUGCAAGGAUUCGUUUCCUACUGCAGGACACAGUAGAGCUGAGAGAGAACAAUUGGGUUCCUCGUAAAGCUUUUAUCGACAACGGACCAAAGACGAUAAACCAGAUUCGUCAAGAGGCAGUGAAGGAUUUGGGUGUUUUCAUUCCACCCAUGAACCAGGGGAUAAGAAUGGACUUCUUCCUAGAAGGCCAUUUCAUGCCGAACAAGAUAAAACUGGACAGAGAAUCUCUUGGGGGAUUGGCAGAUAUGUUUGGUCAGAUGCCUGGCGGCGGCAUUGGGACUGGUCCAGGUGUGAUCCAGGACAGAUUUUCUCCCACCUUAGGACGCCACCGUGGACAUAUGGCUUCUCAACCACAGUCACAGUUUGACUUGGGUCUGAAGCCUUUUGUCAAGUCUAACCAGGGACAGAAUCAGCAUUUUCAAAGCCAGAACCAUUCAAACCAGCAGCAGGUUCAGUCCAAGGACAUGCCACCACGCUUUAAGAAAGGGCAGCUCAAUGCUGAUGAGAUCAGCCUCCGACCUGCUCAGUCAUUCCUUAUCAAUAAAAAUCAAAUGGCAAAACUGCAGUCCCAGAUUCCCAAUAUGAUUCCUCCCAGCGCUCAGCCUCCACGCACACAGACUCCACCACUCGGACAGUCCCAUCAGCUUGGUCUGAAAACCAACCCUCCUCUGAUCCAGGAAAAACCUCAAAAAACUAUUAAGAAACCUGCACCUACCAAGGAGGAACUGCUGAAAAUGACUGAGUCCAUGGCGACUGAGUAUCUUAACAGUAAGAACAUGACUGAGGCUGUCAGUGCCGUGAGAGAGAUGAAAGCACCUAAGCAUUUUCUGCCAGAGAUGUUGAGUAAGAUCAUCUUGUGUUCUUUGGAGCGGACGGAUGAAGAUCGGGAGCAUGCCAGCACUCUCAUUCACACACUCCGAACCGAGGGCUUCAUCACUGGAGAGAACUUCAUGCAGGCUCUUCUGAAUGGAUUGGAUCAGUGCCCUAAGAUUGAGGUGGACAUUCCUCUGGUCAAGUCUUACCUGGCCCAGUUUGCUGCUCGAGCUGUCAUCGCUGACCUGGUCAGUGUGGCCGAACUGGCUCAUCCACUGGAGAACGGAAAUCACUUUCCCCUGUUCUUGCUGUGUCUGCAGCAAGCUUCCAAAUUGAAGGACCGUGAGUGGCUCACAGAGCUCUUCCAGCAGAGCAAGGUCAACAUGCAAAAGAUGCUUCCUGAAAUUGACCAGAAUAAAGAUCGUAUGCUGGAGAUUCUGGAUGGUAAGGGUCUGAGUUUCCUUUUCCCCUUGCUAAAACUGGAGAAGGAACUGCUGAAACAGAUCAUUGCAGACCCUUCCCCUGGGUCCAUCUAUAAGUGGAUCAAAGACAAUAUCUCUCCCAAACUCCACACUGAUAAGGGCUUCAUCAACAUACUUAUGACCAGCUUUCUGCAGUAUAUCGUGGCUGAACUUGGUCUGUCUGAAGGGGAUGAGCAACUGUCCUCUCCUUCGAAAGAACAUCUUGAUCAGGAGAAGCAACUGCUACUAGCCUUUAAGCCAGUCAUGCAGAAGUUCCUUAACGAUCACACAGAACUGCAGGUCAGCGCUCUCUACGCUCUGCAGGUGCACUUCAACGCCAACGCUUUCCCAAAAGGUGUGUUGCUUCGCUACUUUGUCAACUUCUAUGACAUGGAGAUCAUUGAGGAGGAAAGUUUCCUAGCAUGGAAAGAAGACGUUUCUCAAGAAUUCCCUGGGAAAGGAAAAGCCUUAUUCCAGGUGAAUCAGUGGUUGACUUGGCUGGAGACAGCAGAAGACGAGGAGUCAGAGGAGGAAGCCGACUGAUGAACCAGACUAAUCCUCCCCGUGCAUACUUUUAUCCUGAUAGAUAACAUGCCAUCUUCUCUUUGGUUCCUUUACUUUUUGCUGUAAUUCACUCUUAUCUAAACUGCUGCUAGGCUCAUGAAUUAACCGCAAGACAAAGUAAUGCCAUCUUCAUCAUAAUAUUUCCUUGUGCUUGCAUCAUAGCCAAUGUUAGGUGUGUCAGUUUUGAGUUUGAGAUGAUAAAACGACCACUUUGUUAAAUCAGUAUACAUAUUUCUUUGUCUCCUAAUUUCUAAUUUUUUUUAGACAUAAGAAAAUGUGGUUAAGUCCCAUCUUUCUUACAUGUGUAACCUAGUUUGUGUUUUGCGGUAUAAGAGUGGAUGGAAAACCUUUUGGUGUCCCAGCAGAAGUGAAGCUGUCGAUAUAGAAGCAAUAGUUUGUUGUCUUUUUGGAGAUGGAUUAGAAAUUAAACUGAGAUCCUGGUUGAGUGGCCUUCAUAGGUUACGCUGUUGACGCUUUUAGUGUUAUUCUGGGUCCGUUGCAAUAUCCUUUAACCUUCACGUGCAUGAUUUUAAAAAUAAUCUGUUAAACUGUAAUCACUGACUGGUUGCUAUAAAGUUCUAGCAGUUUCCAUUUCUACCUCCUCAUGAAUAAUCUUUAGUGCUGGCUUCAGACAUGUCUUAAGUCUUGAGAUCCAGUUAAUCUCCAUAGUCAUUCAGACAAUUUCAUACAACACACUACCUAAAGCCACAGCUUGCAGUAGAUCUGAAUGUCUAUUGAAGAUAUGUGUUAGUGAGAAGUCCAGCUAACUGAAUGAAUGCCUCCGCUGCCCCAGCCUUACUCAUUGUCUACUGUGUGUUCUGACAAGGUAACUGAAAUGUAAUCUAUUACAGCAAUAGUAACGUCUUUUAGGCCCCAGCAAUCUGCUGCAAAUGAAACAUCUUAAACGUGUAUCUGGUGGAUUAUUUUAACCUGCCUUUGGAUAAGUCAUUAAAAGUUAAUUAAAUAAAAAGGUUUCACAAAAAAAGAGAAAAGGCUUCUGCCCUUGACAAUAGAUGGUUUGACAACAACCGUUUAUUGUCAGGUGUUUUAAUUAUUUGACAAAGUUAUUCUUGUUUGUUAAACGGCAAUCCAGAUGUAAGAAAUUAAAUGGUUUAUGAUCAUGACAUUGUAAAGCAUAUUUUGCUGUAUUCAUCACCACUAUUGCUGAAUUUACAAUAAAGAAAAUACUUGAUCAAUAUA